AGUUUGUUGCAAAGUUUAAAUUUAUACACUCAAUGUAUAUCCACGUGUUUGAUUGAUAUCAACGUGUUUAAUAGAUAUCCACGUUAUUGGUAGAUAUCCACGUGUUUGGUAGAUACCUACGUGUUUGAUAGAUAUAUAGAUAUGUUUUUGGUAGUACCGUGCUUAACUUAUUUCACCGCGCAGCUGCCUUAUUCGUUAAGGUUUUUGUUUCUGAGUUAGAGAGUUGAGGCGAGUUAUAGCGUUCAAGUCUAUUGUGCUCUAGUAACAUAGUCAACGUAUUUUACUUAUAUAAACUUAUGGGUAACAGCAAUGUAGCAAGUAAAAAAAUUGUUCAAAAUAAUUCACAGAACUCAGAAAAAUCAGACUUAUUAGUUGGUUUAUUACCUAACCAAAGUGAUGCGAAACUAAAUGUGUUAAACUGCAGAUCUAAUGAAUCAAAAUCUGAUACUGAUUGUGAUAAAAAGGAAAUUGACAACUUAUUCGACGUCUUAAAUGACAUAGUUCAUAAUAUUUUUCUUGAUGCAAAUAAGUAUGGUUAUUUUAGCAUUAAUAGUCCUGCUCAUCAAAAUGUUCAAUGUGAUGUUUGCAAUAAAACUGAUUUUGUAGUCGACCGUUAUAAAUGUUUGGUGUGUAAAGACUACGAUCUUUGUGGAGUGUGCUUUGAAUCAAGAAAGAUAACUUUGCCACAUGUCAAAGGACACCCAAUGGUUAGAUACAGUGGACCAAAAGAAAUAUUUGGAGAUGAGAUUGAGGUGGAAAAUGUUACUCUCGACAGUUUUAAAAAUAAGUUUAAUGGGGUGGAACACGAGGUAACGUGCGAUGGGUGCAAUGCUCAUCCAAUAUUUGGUCUGCGAUUUAAAUGUGAUGAAUGUAAUGACUUUGACUUGUGCUAUAAAUGUUUCGAAAAAAAAAAAGAUAUAGGCAAUCAUAAGGCAGAACAUUCCUUACUUAUAUCUUAUAGCAUUCGAAAUGUGAACCCAGCUGAUAUAGAACUUUUAGAGUGUUUAGGUAGCGGAGCAUUUGGUACUGCACAUAAAGCAAAACUAAUUUCAAAAAACAAAAUAGUAGUUUGCAAAAUUGUUGAAUGGCAUCCUCUCCAUAUGAUUUUAGGUUUAGACGUAAACAGUUUAUAUCAAAGUUUCAUUCGUGAAGUACUGGCUUAUAACGAAAUUAACAGCAACUAUGUCAUCAAAGCAUAUGGCAGCUGUAUAGUAUACAAUCAAAGCAUAAAAAAGUUUUACUUACUUACAGAAUACAUGGAGAAAGGAAGUUUAACUAAGCUUUUAAAAAAUGAGCCAGAUUUAUCUUACAGAUGCAGAGUGUCCAUAGCAUAUAAUAUAGCAUCAGGUAUGAAAAGAAUACACGACAAGCAUUACAUACACAGAGACAUUCGACCUGACAACAUAUUCAUAACAAAUAACUAUGUAGCAAAAAUUGGUGAUAUGGGGAUUUCAAGGCUACAAGACAAGUUUCAGAACCACUCUGUGUUAGGACCAAAUGCAUAUAUGCCAAAAGAGUUUCAUACUGGCAAUUAUAACGAAAAAGUUGACGUUUAUACGUUUGGUUUGACAAUAUACCACUUAAUAACUGGACAAAUGCACAGUUUUGAAAAUAAUACAGUUGUGCUAAAUAAGGAACCUAUCAUAUUUGGUAAACUAAUUAACAAUUGCGUAGAGACCUUACCAAGUAACAGACCAACCGCAUCAAUGAUAGAAAGUAAUCUAGAAAGGCAUUACGAAGUUUUGAGUGAAGUUGUUUCAAAAUGCAAAGGAUACUUUUUACUACCAAAAGCGGAACGUACUGACUUAUGUAUAAAAACAUGUAAUAUAGUUUCUGAAUUACUUUAUAAUUAAUUGGACUUGUGCACUAAUUAAAAUGGAAGAAAAACUACAAUUUUUAAUAUUCUGAAAGUGUUCUUCUAAAUAUAAAUUCAGUUUUCAAAGGCAUUUAUAGAAUACGCAAAAGAGUUAACAAUUGUUUCUAUUUUUAAUUUAAUUUUUAAAGUAUAUUUGAGAAAAGUUAUUACAAUUUCUAAAAUAAUAAAAUAAAUAACUUUACAUUGAAGUUUUUUUAAAUCGAGAUUUAAAAAAUAUAUGAUAAUAUAUGAGUUAUAUUAUAAUAUACGAAUUAUAUUAAUAUAUAUUAAUUACAUGAUAAUAUAUUAUAUAAUAAUAUAUGUAUAUAUGAGUUUUAUGUAAUUAUGAGUUUAAUGAUAAUAAGCUCAUCGAUAAAUUAAUACACUUUGAAAAUGUUAUAUUACUAAUUUGAAAUGAAUAAUGCCUUAAUUAAAAUCUCAAACUAAUUAGUUUAAUAGAACAUUAAAAUAUAUACAUAUCGUAGUCAAUACUAUUUUUAAUGAAAAAAGAAUUAAUUAUUUUGUCACACUUUUUCGAAACUGAUAACUACAUAAAAAUAUUUAGAAACAACUCUUUAUUUGCUUUUAAUUUAGAAAGAGUAGCUUUAUUUUUUUUUUGACUGGGUUGACAUAUUUGCGACUCAAUUAUAUGCUUAAGUAUUUGUACAAAAUUUAUUAAAUAAAAGUUUGAAUAUAUUAAGU